AUGGGGGUGGUGCAAGCCGUGAACAACCAGCGGGCAUCAUCGCCGCCGGUGGUCAGGUUGCUCAGGAGCCCCAUCCGCAAGAAAAAAGGAGGCGAGGCGGAUAUGGAUCGUCGGUCACUCAUACGUUCACUGGGCGGCAGCACGGGCCGCCGGGAGGCCGUAUGGAAAGCAGUUGGGGCUAGCGGAGAAAGAGGGGAAGGUAAUAAAAUCUCCAAUAGUGCUGAAGAUGGCAGUGCCCUAAACUUAUCAUCAAGUAAAGAUUCCAAUUCACGAAUACGAGAGCACAGAAUUAGAGAAGAAACCAAAAUCAUCCUUACUGGCCAGUUGCUGACUGUAUUUGUACCAUCAGUGUCCACCGUGGUGCUCAUUGUGUCUCUGCCUCUCAAUGUUCUGGCCAUCAUCAUGUUCCUGUUCAAGAUGAAGGUCAGGAAGCCAGCGGUGGUCUACAUGCUGAACCUUGCGGCCGCUGAUGUGCUCUUUGUGACUCUGCUGCCUUUCAGCAUCGCUUAUCGAUUCUCCGGGAAUAACUGGAUGAUUGGAGAAGGAAUGUGUCGCUUCUACAUCACAGCAUUCUACUGCAACAUGUACUGCUCCAUCCUACUCAUGACUAGCAUCAGUGUGGACAGGUUCCUGGCCUUGGUGUAUCCAAUGCAGUCUCUCUCCUGGCGCACCACGGGCCGAGCUUGGCUGGUCUGUGUCUGUAUAUGGAUGUUAUCCAUAGCCGGCACUGUACCACUUCUCAUAAGAGAGCAGACGCAGUACAUUGCUGCAUUGGGUACCACAACUUGUUACGAUGUGCUGGACAUUGAAGAUCUGCAGAGCUUUUACAUUUACUAUUUCCUCACUAUUAUCUCCACUUUCUUCUUCUUGCCUUUAGUCAUUACAGUUGUCUGUUACAUUGGAAUCAUCCAUAACCUGAGCUCCCCCAAACUCGAAAACUCUUUUAAGCGAUCUCGCGCUUUGUUUCUGACGGUGAUUGUGCUCUUGGUGUUUGUACUUUGCUUUGGACCAACUAAUGUCAUCUUUUUAGUUCAUUAUCUUCAUGUUCCUAAGAAACCUAAUCCGUCUCUGUAUUAUGCCUACAUCCUGUCCGUCUGUAUUAGCAGCAUCAGUUGUUGUCUUGAUCCUCUUAUCUAUUACUAUGCGUCCUCCCAGUGGCAGAGAUACGUGUACAGCUUGCUGACUUGUAACAGAGGUGGGGAAUUACCAUCAAAAGAACGUCAGAGGAAUGUUCACACCAAACAACCCGCUGCACGGGCUCUGCUAGCAUAACUGCACAAUUAUAAUGGUGGCUUCUUGCUUUCGCAUGUACGUAACAUUACCACUGUCCCUAACAGGAGACUGGUAGGGCGCUUGCCUU